ACACGAUAACGCUUUUGGGAAACAGUGUUCUGGGAAUUAAGUGGCUAUUUCAUUUCUGCCAGUUGGAAGGUCAAAUCCAUACGGUAAUCGCUCGUGUGAUCGCAACUGCCGUCUUUUUAGUGUCUCUUUUUCUGUCAAUUUAAUGGUCGUUCACCAAAUUGACAUGGCACACUUUUAGAGAAGACCUGAUACAAGUUAUUAGAUUAUAACUUGUAGAGUUAUUAAAUUAUAUUAGAUUAGCAACGAAAAUAUUUACUUGCAUUGUAACACGCUGAAAACUAUCCUGAUUUUUCAACGUUGAAGUAUUACUACCGAGCGAUUUACUUGGUCGACUUCCGGGUUUGGUUUGGCGUCGUAAAACAUAAAACUGCAACAGCAACCCUUAACACACAUUACUUAUAUACUUAUGUAUUUAUUUACAGUAUACAGUGUAACAUUUUUGUCAUGGUAUUACAGUGACCGGUGGGGUUCAUUUUAUUUUAUUUUCACAGCGUUGAACCGGAAACUAUUUCGUUAUUUACGCGCCGGCGUGCUCACUGCGCGCAUAUAUUGUUUUUUAAACAACCAGCCUGCAGCUGAAGUCCAGCAAUAAAACCACCCGAAGCCCGUUCAGCCAAGUGACAUAUUUUUAAAGCUAACAUGCCGAAGUCAUUAAAGAAGAGCUGCAGCCGGCAGACCUCCGUCAGCGAGUACUUUACCAGUCUAAAUGGAAUUAACAAGAAGGCUGCUCAACUACAGCUGCCGAGGAGCAAGCAGAAACAUAAUCCUGAUGAAGAUCAGGGGCGACCGAAGAAACGAGCAAGGCGUUCUCCACCAGACCAGCAGCAGGACAAAGAUUUAAUAAGUGAGCCAAGAACCUGUCAAGACAUUAAAGAGACUACACUCACAUUGAGCCAAAAAAUACGUGGCGUCUGCUCCUCCACCUUGGAGAGGUUAAAGGGCUUCACUUGCAGCGCUGAGCCCUUGGCCAAACAUGGCGACGCUCAAAUGGUGGAAGAGGAGACUGAUGGUUCGAGUAGUAACAUCUGUAACAGAAGUAACAGCGCUCGGCCUACUGUAAAUGAGUUGGAUCAACAACUUCAGGAUUUGAAAAAGUCAGAGGAAAAGCGUGAAGAUGAAGAGGAGGAUGGAAAUAAGGAAGGAGAGGAAAAUUCUGAACUCACUGUUAAGAAACAGGUUUUCCUCUUUUCUCAGUUUGCAAAAUCAGACACAGGAGUAGAGAAAGAAAAUACUUCAGAAACAAGAGCUUCAUAUGAGUUGCCUCCAGGUGUCUCCUCCAGGGGCUCUAAAAGCACAUACACCCCCCUGGAGCAGCAGGUCAUGGAGCUGAAAAAGCAACACAAAGAUGCCCUGUUGGCUGUGGAGUGUGGUUACAAGUACAGGUUCUUUGGGGAAGAUGCAGAGAUCGCUGCAAAGGAGCUCAAUAUCACAUGUCACCAGGAUCAUAACUUCAUGACAUGCAGCAUCCCCACACACAGACUGUUUGUUCAUCUCAGACGCUUGGUGUCCCAUGGACACAAGGUCGGCGUUGUAAAGCAGACAGAGACAUCUGCAAUCAAAGCUUCAGGCGCUGGGAAAAACACGCUGUUUAGUCGGAAGCUGACUGGUCUGUACACCAAGUCCACUCUGGUGGGAGAAGAUGUAAACCCAGUCUGCAGACUGGUAGAUGGGAAUGAAGGAACUACUGAUGAUGUGGUGACAGACUCUCCAGACAGCUUUUUACUGUGUAUCAGUGAAAAGUGGAAUAAACUGAAGAAGGAGCUGAGUGUGGGACUGGUGGCAGUUCAGCCCAGCACAGGCGAUGUGUUGGUGGACAGUUUCGUGGACGGUCACUCUCGCUCCGAACUGGAAGCCCGGGUCCUGAAAAUCAACCCGGUGGAGAUCCUGGUUCCUUCUAACCUCUCAGAAGAAACACACAGAUUUCUACACAGCAUCAGCAAUGACAGUGCUCAUGCCGACGACCGAGUCCGAGUGGAAAAGAGGGACCCGGAUCAGUUUGAGUUUGCCUCUGCAAUGAGCACGAUCACUGAGUUUUACAGCAACAAGUCGAAAGGUUCUCAGUCCCUGUCGAGCGUGGCAUCCUUGGAGAGCGCUGUUGUCUGCUGUCUGGGGCCGCUCAUCCAGUACCUCCAAGAAUUUAACUUGGAGAGAGUUCUUAAAAGUGAAAGCUCAUUUCAACGUUUCUCCACUGUGUCAGAGUGUAUGAACCUCAGUGCUACCACUCUCAGGAACCUGGAAAUCCUCAGGAAUCAGACAGACGGGGGCUUGAAGGGCAGUUUGCUGUGGGUGAUGGACCACACUUCUACUUCAUUUGGGAGGAGACUGUUGAGGAAGUGGGUGAUCCAGCCACUCACAAAUGUCCAAACCAUCUCAGAGCGACAGGAUGCUGUGCAAGAGAUAUUGCAGUCAGACAGUGUGACAUUAAACUCUGCCAGAUCCCUGCUCUCACAUUUACCCGACCUGGAGCGAGGCAUCUGCAGCAUAUACCAUAAAAAGUCUUCUACACAGGAGUUUUACCUCAUCACCAGCAGCCUUUGUCGCAUAGCUCUGGAGCUUCAGGCCUUAGUACCAGCCAUCCAAUCACAGAUCAGCUCCAGGCUGCUCCGGGAGCUUUUAUUGGACAUUCCCAACCUGCUCUCUCCGGCUCACGGCUUUCUUAAGGUGCUCGAUAAAAAUGGAGCCAAGUCGGGGAAUAAGAGCGAACUGUUCUCAGAUCUGGCUGGUUUUCCUGUGCUACGGGAACGGAGGGAGCAGAUAGAGAACGUCUUCAGUGAGGUUCAGGAACACCUGAAAGAAAUCAGAAAGAUUCUGAAGACCCCCACACUUGACUAUAAAACUGUCUCUGGGCAAGAGUUUCUGAUUGAGUUGAAGAAUUCACAGACAUCCUCUGUUCCACGCGACUGGGUCAAACUCAACAGCACCAAGGCAGUCAGCAGGUUUCAUACUCCAUUCUUGGCGAAGUGCUACAGGACACUUCAGCAGCUCCGAGAGCAGACGCUGCUGGACAGCCAGAGAGAGUGGAUCAACUUUCUUGAUCAGUUUGGGGAGCACUAUCACACCAUGAAAAGGGCUAUUAGUCACCUAGCAACCAUGGACUGUCUCUUCUCAUUGGCUGAUGUUGCUAAACAAGGGAACUAUUGCAGACCAGAACUGUGUGAAAAUCAGCGUCAGAUCGUGAUCAGAGAGGGCAGACAUCCUGCCAUUGAUUUACUGAUGGGAGCGCACAACCAGUACGUGCCCAACCACACAGAACUACAGGGUGAUGGCAGGAGAACUAUGAUAAUUACUGGUCCUAAUAUGGGGGGUAAAAGCUCCUACAUUCGUCAGGUGGCUCUCAUCUGUGUCAUGGCUCACAUGGGCUCGUAUGUCCCGGCCUGUGAAACCCGCCUGGGCAUCAUGGAUGGCAUUUACACCAGGAUGGGAGCUGCAGACAACAUCUACAAAGGCCGCAGCACAUUCAUGGAAGAGCUGACUGAAGCCUCUGAGAUCAUUUGUAAUGCUACAGAACGUUCGUUGGUCAUCCUCGAUGAGCUGGGGCGGGGCACAAGCACCCAUGAUGGGAUCGCCAUCGCCUACGCCACCCUGGAGUACUUCAUCAGUCGUGACGAAUGGUGCAAUUUUCUACACAAGCAGAUAGUACUGCACAGACAGAGUGGAGUGCACCAGAUCCCUGGUUUAUACUUUAACUAAUAAAACACUUUGGAGCUCACUUUUGUCUUCACAUUAACAGCUGAAUUUUCCGGAAGACUAUUAUUCCACGUAGGCGUAAGUGGUCGGAUGUGCUCCAGCUCAUGAACGACGCUUUUGCAAAAUAUCCACGUGCACAGCAAACCCGAAUAUUCAGGAUGUUUGUUCUCUCAGAGAGAUUAUCUUUAAUACCACAACUGUUAUUGAAAUAUGUUUGUUUCACAUGUAAGUAGAAGAGAACGUAAGAGUAAGAAUUGACACUUGGACUUGAUAAGACAGCCGUACAUAAGCCGUUGAUAAGCUAACCCUAGGUUUCCUCUAUGUGUACCUGUUUGCUCCCACCACCUGACAACAGCUCCAGAAUACAAUAUAAAAUAAAUAUGGAUUGUAGACGGGGGAGUGAGAAUCCACAUGCUAAGCAGAGAGAAUGUGCAUCUGGCAAAGAAAGAGAGAAAUGUUGUGUGCAAUACAAAUUCAAAAACCUUGUCGUAACCAAUUCUGCAAUGCACCAAAUCAAAUGUAAGCUAAAAAGGUCAGGCUACGUAAUAAUACACCAGUGCUGCGUGAAUACAUACAUCAAGCAGGUGUUUGAUGCCUGUUAUUCUGUGGAGAAGAAUGUGCUUAUUAUGUGUGAGUAGCCAAUGAUGGUGCUGUAUCUGCUGGAUUUCAGCUGAAUGCGAGUAAAAUGACAGAAAUGGUACGUUUAUUUUAAUGGGCCGUCAACGUGGGCGACUUUUCUCCCGGUCUGACAGUCAGAGUGACAUACAACAGAACAGCUUGACACACAGACACACAGACAAAAAAAAAGUUAAACACCACAAAUAUUGUGUGGCACAAAAAUAAAUUGAUUGUUAAAUCAAUUUAUUUGGUGUUUCUUGUUCUUGUUCAUGUUGUAUAUUGACAUAAGUUAACACUUACUUAACAGUAAAGUUGUAACCUGUUAAGAAGUAACACAUUUCAUGUAGGAUUUCUAGUAAAAUACUAUGGAUUUGAUGAUACUGAGUUGACAGUUGGUCUGACUGGAACAAAAACAACAGCACUCAGUUUUUCAAAGGUGUAUUUGUUACUCAAGUGAAGAUGUUAAUACAUAUUAAAAUAUUUGUCAUGACUGAAUUGAAACACCCAGGCAACGUUUCUUAUUUUAGUCUCGUGUUAGCAGCCUUCCCAGUUUAGCAUCUUUGCAAUGGCAAAUCUUGUAAAACUUACAGUAUUAUAUACUGUAUGUACUGUUGAAGCCAGUAGAUAUUUUUCCUCUGUUGUCUUUUCAUGUCAUUUUGUCUUUUUUCAUCUACAGACAAGCUUUAAACAUCCAGACUGGUGAAGAUUAUGUGAUAGCACUAGUUAUAUGCUAACGAGCUAAUUUCUUGAAGUCAUAUAUGGGUUGUUAACAAUUUAUACAUAAUAGAUCAACAUUUAUAUUUUUACUAAAACGUAAUAAAUGUUUUUUAAACACUGAAUGUGUAACUGUGCCCUAAGCCACAAAUGAAGGAGACUAGCUAACAACUAUGCUACAGUUCCACGUGCACAUACAGGAUGUCAGGAAGGGCCUUGUUGAAGGUGAGAUAUGAACACAAACGGUGUAAAAUAAACUUGGAAUUGCAUUUGUCUAUAAUUGCACACCGAGACACUUUUGACACCAUUGAGUUCACACACUGGUGUUCUGGACACAGUGUUAUUAAAGACAUAUGGUAGGGAUGAGAUGUGGUGCAAUACAGGUGUGCUGUGACACAGGCCAAACAUCUUAUUACGGUACAAGACAGGCAUUAGGGGAGAACAUUGAGGCACAGUGUCAUCAUGUGACAGAUCCGCGUUCUGGGAGAACUGUUAUAUUUGAAACAUCACGUCAUUAGGGUUGAACACACAGCCGGUUCCAUCUGGACCUGACCGCCUUAAAGUUUUUUUAAAGUUCAAAUGCUAUGCUUUAAAAAGCUAUGAUUAUGAUUAAAAUUUGUUCGACGUUUUGCACAGGUCAGGCUUUUAUUUGUUAUAUUUUUCAGUCCUUUUUUCAAGGUUUUGACUGAAUACAAAAUGUACUGUCUAACCAGGUUUUUGCCUUGUGUUACUGUCGAUAAAUGAUCCCCACUGAUCGCCAUUAGAGUGAGAGAUACAGAUUAAAUUAAAAUUUAACAGUCAUUCAUUCAUCUAGGCUCGAUGAGACAACAGAUAUCAAACAAAUGCUCAUCAAUAUCUGUAAAGUAAUGAUUAAUAAAAUAGUAAUGAGUUGUUAAAUAGAGGAAAGGCUGUAUUUAAUAUUGGAGUUUCUAGUCUGAGCAGAAUUCUCAGAUAAAUAGACUGGCCAUGAAGACUUCUGUAGUCGUUGUAGUGCAGAUGUUGAACACAUUCAAACAGAAAGACCAGCAGGUCUGUUUCCUGGCUUAAACAGAUGUGGAUUUUGACUUUGUGUGGGAUUGUCAGAGUGAAUACAUGUGGCUUUACGUGGCCAUGUGAUGACCUAAUGACCUUUUGUCCAAGGCCAGCUGGGAUUGACUGCAGCUUCCUCUGUGACCCAUAACAAGAUAAAGUACCAAUACAGCACAUGUUUUAAAGUUACACAAACACAUGCAUGUUUACCCAAAGUAUAAAAGAGAGAGAGAGAGAGAGAGAGACAUAUGCAGUUUGUUAAAAAAAUUCACUCUACAUAUUUGUGAAGUGAGUUUACUCUGGACAUUCAUCUCAUUUUUUUUUUUUGGUCAUGAGAAACAUCAAGCAAACCAUGAAAUAAUGCAGUAGCUAAGAAUACUUUAAACAAUAAACUGAUUAAACCCCAACUAUUUUCUACUAUCUAUUGUUUGUUUAUAUAUAUAUUAUUUAUUUAUUUAUUCAUUUUACCGCCAG